ACAGACUUUAAGAAAGUGUUUGAAAAGCUGGACAAUGAUAUACCACUCGUGCUCUUGGGAGGGAAUCACGACUUUCUGAACAGUCCUACCGUGGAGUCGGUGACGGCCUAUAAGACUACGUUCGGCGACGACUACUUUACCUUCUGGAUCGAUGGCGUUAUGUUUAUUGUGAUUAACGUUCAGUUUUAUAAAGACAACACUCAUGUGAAGGGCUUGUAUGAGGAACAGGAGGUUUGGAUUGACAAACAAUUAGCUGAGGCCAAGAGUGGUAAUUAUAAGCACGUGAUUGUCUUUCAACACAUCCCGUGGUUUCUGCGAGAUAUUAACGAACCGUUGGAUGAAAUGCCAAUACUGUGCACC